AUGUUUGGGGAUAUAUUCAAGCAGUUGAAAAUUAGAGAGGAAAUCAUGAAGAUGAAAGAGGACCUGUUUGAACUAAAUCUGUCCAUAGCUAAUAGAUCUGUACUUCAGCUAGCACAAGCUGAGUAUAGAAAAUAUCUUCACUAUGAAGAGGAAUUCUGGAGGCAAAAAGCAAGUAUUCAGUGGUUUACAGAAGGGGACAAGAACACUAGAUUUUUCCACUAUUUAGUAAAGGGAAGAAGGAAGAGAUUAGCAUUGACAAGGUUACUUAAAGAAGAUGGGGAAUGGGUUGAAAAUGAAGAAGACAUUAUUUCUGAGACUCUAGCUUUCUUUCAGAACCAGUUUGCAGAUAGUGGUAAUGAUUCUAACUUCUCCUUGUUGCAGCACAUUCAGCCCCUGAUAGAUGCUGAAGCUAAUGGCUUUCUAAAUGUCAUUCCUGAUGCUGAAGAAAUAAAGAAAGUGGUGUUUGAAUUGAAUGGAGAUAGUACUAGCGGUCCAGAUGGAUUCACAUGUUAUUUCUAUCAAACUUGUUGGGAGAUUGUUGGAGAAGACCUUAUAGGUAGGAAUAUCUCUGAAAAUGUUCUUCUUGCACAAGAAAUAAUAGGUGAUAUUGGAAAAAGGGGAAAACCUGCUAAUGUUGUGAUUAAGCUGGACAUGGCAAAAGCUUAUGAUAGAGUUAAUUGGAGGUUUCUGGUGAGAGUAUUAGAGAAGAUGGGCUUUGAUGCUAAUGUGGUGGAUUUGCUAUGGAGACGUGUUGCAAAUAAUUGGUACUCUAUCCUCAUUAAUGGUAAAGCUCAUGGGUUUUUUCACUCUACCAUAGGGGUAAAACAAAGAGAUCUGUUAUCCCCUGCUUUAUUCAUUAUAGUUGCUGAGGUGCUAUCGAGAACCUUGAAUAAUUUAUUCUAUAAUCCUGAGUUCAAAGGCUAUGGAAUGCCUAAGUGGAGUGACAACCUAAAUCAUCUCGCUUAUGCAGAUGAUACUAUUAUUUUUGCUGCAGCUGAGAAAGAGUCUUUACUUUUGAUUAUGGGAUUAUUGAAAGACUAUGAAUGUCAAUCUGGGCAGAAGAUUAACAUGGAUAAGAGUUUAUUCUAUAUGUAUAGCAAGGCAGCAAACAAUCAUACUCAAGUGGUUGAGGAAGCUACGGGUUUGACUAAAGGUGAAUUCCCUUUAAUUUACUUAGGAUGUCCUAUUGAUCAUGCUAAACAGAAGAUUAUUAUCCUUCAAGGUGAAUUCCCUUCAAGGAUCUAA